GGCACAGCCCAUGGGGCUGAGCUGGCAUAUUUAGCUUGUUAUUUCAGCUUGGAAAGAAAUAACGAUAAUGCAGAGUCCUGUAAGCUCUAUGUGUAUAAUGUGAAAUUCUAUGGUGUUGCAAUGAGAUUGCUAUAUUUUGGGAACUCUGUAGAGCUGGACCUAACCAUAGCUGUUGUGAGGCAUGGUUCUCCUCCAGGUGCCAGCUGUGUCUGUGUUGUGUAUGUUCAAGUUGUUGGUUCCGCCAGGUGUUUCUGGCAUGGUAAACUACAGUGAGUGUGUGGGACUUUGUUUCCUUGGUUAGAUCCCAGACGUUUCACAGCUACCUGGAGGACAUCAUCAACUACCGCUGGGAGCUGGAGGAAGGGAAACCCAACCCCUUGCGAGAGUCCACCUUCCAGGAGCUGCCUCUGCGCACCCGGGUGGAGAUCUUGCACCGCCUCUGUGACUACCGUCUCGAUGCAGAUGAUGUCUUCGACCUUCUCAAGGGCUUGGACGCCGACAGCCUCCGCGUGGAGCCGCUGGGCGAGGACAGCAGCGGUGCCCUGUACUGGUACUUCUAUGGCACACGGAUGUACAAGGAGGAUCCGGUGCAGGGGAAAACCAAUGGAGAGCUGGCUCCAGACAGUGGAUGCGGGGGGCAGACAAACACCCCAAACGUUCCUGGGAAAACGGGCAAGAGACGAGGGCGACCCCCGAAGCGGAAAAAACUUCUGGAGGAAAAUCUGCUGAGGGAGAAGGCAGAAGAGAACUUGCUAAUCCGUGAGACUCAGAUAAGAAAUGGGUCCCAAGGGCCUGGCCGUGGGACAUGGUGGCUGCUGUGUCAGACGGAAGAGGAGUGGAGGCAGGUCACAGAGAGCUUCAGAGAGAGGACUUCCCUUAGAGAGCGGCAGCUCUACAAACUCUUGAGUGAAGACUUCCUGCCGGAGAUCUGCAACAUGAUUGCACAGAAGGUAAACCCAAAUGUGCUGAGUUCAAUGGAGACGCAGAGGCAAAGAGAGGAAGAGGAGGAACGGCAAAUCCUUAUAGCAGUGCAGAAGAGGGAGCAGGAACAGCUGCUAAAGGAGGAGAGGAAGAGAGAGAUGGAGGAGAAAGUCAAAGCAGUGGAAGAACGGGCCAGGAGGAGGAAGCUUCGUGAAGAGCGGGCCUGGCUGCUGGCGCAAGGGAAGGAGCUCCCCCCUGAGCUUUCUCACUUGGAUCCCAGUUCCCCUACCAGGGAAGAGCGAAGGACCAAGGAUCUCUUUGAACUUGAUGAUGAGUUCACAGCCAUGUACAAAGUUCUAGAUGUCGUAAAGGCUCACAAGGACUCUUGGCCCUUCUUGGAACCCGUUGACGAAUCGUAUGCUCCCAACUACUACCAGAUCAUUAAGGCCCCCAUGGACAUCUCUAGCAUGGAGAAGAAGUUGAAUGGAGGUCAGUACUGUACCAAGGAAGAAUUUGUGGGCGAUAUGAAGACCAUGUUCAGGAACUGUCUUAAGUACAAUGGUGAAGGCAGUGAAUAUACCAAGAUGGCUUACAACUUAGAGAGGUGUUUCCACCGAGCAAUGAUGAAGCACUUCCCUGGGGAAGACGGAGACACAGAUGAGGAGUUUUGGAUCAGAGAAGAUGGGAGACGAGAGAAGAGGAGCCGGCGGACUGGCCGCUCCAGCACAGGCAAUGUUUGGACUCGGUCGCGAGACCCAGAUGGACCAGGGAAAAGGCAGCAACGCCUGGAAAAUGGCGGAAAACCUCCACCAUAUCGAGCUGCUUCCAGGGCUCCUGCUUCUUCCUCCUCUUCCUCUUCAUCCUCCUUCUCCUCAUCCUCUGCAGACGAUCAGAGUGGCAACCCAAUGCAGCCUCCUCGAGAAGUGGGUCCUUCCAAUGGACGAGGUUUCCCUCGCUCUCUGCAGUAUGGCGGCAUGCCCAGCCCUGUGCCACAUCCCGGUCAGAUGAGACCAGCUGUGCCGGGGACGUUUGGUCCCCUGCGUGGAUCAGAUCCCACGAAACUGUAUGGCUCGCCGCGAGUGCCUGAGCCCCAUCCCGGAGACCCGGUCCAGCAGCACCAGCACUUUGCCAUGCAGCCGGCUGUGGGACUGAGCGAGCACCGCGGGCACAGGCUGGCAGCGCCGGAGAAGCAGGCGUGCGCAGGACCGACCCACGUCUCUGGCCUCAGCCCCCGGCCGGGCGCGCUGCAGCUGGGGCGCAUGAGCGGCCCCCCGCCAGACGCCGUGUACCCACCGGCACAGUUCCAGCAGGGCUUCCUCCCCCCGCGGCACAACGGGCCCCCCGUGAGGCCGUCAGAGGGCUCGGAGGUCCCCCCAGGGCACAUGUACCGGCCCUACAAGUUCCUGAACCGCGCGCACCCAGCCCUAUGGAAUGGCAGCCACGGCCCCACCAGCCAGGGUGCUGUGGGGCCAGAGGAGAAGGUGCCCAUGGGGCCGGGGCCCUCGCUCCAGCCCCGCACCCUGGGUCAUAUGAUGGACCCCCGGUCCAUGAGGCCACCGCUGCCUCCCAGCCAGUGGACCGAGCAAUCAAAUUUCCUACCUCACGGGGUGCCUCCCUCAGGGUAUAUCAGACCGCCGGGGAAAGCUGCGGGGCAGAGGGUGCCGCAGCCGCCGGCUGCUCUGUUUGGGGGACCGCCUCAGGUUCAAAGGGGGUGCCAGGGUGGGGAUUCCAUGAUGGACAGCCCGGAGAUGAUCGCCAUGCAGCAGCUGUCCUCCCGCGUGUGCCCGCCGGGUGUGCCUUACCACCCUCGCCAGCCGCCGCCGCCGCACCUCCCCGGGCCCUUCCCGCAGCUGGCUCACGCUGCCUCCGCCGCUGGCGUGCAGCCCCCGAAGCCUGCUGUGGGGAACGGCGGCUCGCAGGAUCCCACCGCACAGACCAUGGAGAUGGAGAGCAACCCAGUGGAGCCACCAGCAGGCAUGGACGAGAAGGCUCAGUGCAUUGGCAUUCCCGACGGAGCCUACGCCAAACUCCUACCUCAUCCCAAGCCCCCACUGCCCAUGGAGUGCACGAGGCGCGCCUUGCCCCCAGAUGGGGAGGGAGAUGGCUCCAGUGUGAAGGGAGACCUGAAGGCAGCACAGGGCAAAGGCUCGUGGCCGGCGGAGAGCAGCUAUGCUGGUGGCCCAGGCUGUGUGAGGGACCUGGUGCCCACCUCUGAGAGAGGAGGUCCCCUGCCUGAGAAUGGGGCAGCGGGCGAGGGGCCAGCGUCCGGCACCGAGGGGAAGGGACUUGCUGCCAACCUGCUGGAGAAGCCCCUCUGUGGCGGAGGGAAGGCUCUGCCUGAAGCAGCCGUACCUUGCAUGGGACAGGGCACUGGCCUCCCUGGCAUGGACACCAGCUCCAUGGGGGCUGCCCCCAACCAGUUCCACCCUCUCUACAUGCCUGGUCUGGAAUACCCGAAUUCAGCCGGGCGUUACCACAUGAACCCAGGCCUGCAGGGCUUCGGUCCCAUGAUGGGGGGGAAGCCUCCUCCUCCUGCCUCCCACCCUCAGCAUUUUCCCCCACGGGGUUUCCAGCCAAGUGGCGCCCCCCCCGGCGUCUUCCCCCGGUAUCGGCCCCCCCAGGGCAUGCCCUACCCUUACCAGCCGCAGCCUCAACCUUCCUACCACCACUACCAGCGACCGCCCUACUACGCCUGUCCACAGGGCUACUCGGACUGGCAGAGGCCUCUCCAUCCCCAGGCCAGCCCCAGCGGGCACCCCACUGCCCACCCAUCACUGGUCAGACCCCCUUUCCCAGAUCGGGGGUCCACCAGUGGCUUGCAGGGCUGCGAGGCACUGAGCGCUGCCCUGGCCUCUCCCAACCGCAUGGACAUAGCGAGUGCCAAAGAGGUUUCUCCAAGUGAUGGGCAGGAUCUGGGACCUGAAGACGAGAAGUCUGAGGAGUCUCAGGAAAGACCAGAGAGUCCCAAAGAGUUUCUUGAUUUGGACAACCACAAUGCGGCCACGAAGAGGCAGAGCUCGGUGGCAGCAGGGGAGUUUCUCUAUGGAGCCCCACCACCACACCUGGGUUCGGGAAUGGGAUUUGGCCCAUCAGCCUUCCCUCCCCAUGGGGUGAUGCUACAGACUGGCUCUCCUUAUGCAUCCCGGCAUCCUGCCAGUCAUUUCCAGCCCAGGACAUAUGGAUCGCCCAUGAAUGCUCAUCUGUCUCAUCAUGCGGUCUCUAGCCAGACCAAUGGCCUCUCUCAGGAGGGACCCCUGUACCGCUGCCGAGAGGAGAACGUAGGUCACUUUCAGGCCUUGCUGAUGGAGCAGAGAGGCAGUGGAGGUGGCAUGGGGGGGCCACCCCAGGACUUGUAUAGACCCUCGGGAAUGCAAAUGCAUCAGGCUCAAGUUCCCUUCCCAAAGAUGCCUACAGCAACCAUGUCCCAGGAAGACUUGACGUCACAAAAACCAUCAGCGUUGCCUCUGGAUCAAGUAAGGGCUGCUAGAGAGAGCAAAGUUCAAAUGCAAAUCUUUCCCUUCCUGCUGGUUAGAGGAGUGAAGUGUUUGACGAAGUGGGAAGCACUGGAGGAAGCUGGGAAGUGAACUACUGCUAUGUAGAGGAGUUGGGGGUGUCUCCAUAGUCUUAGCCGACUGUAAAAUGUAACCUAGGUGGACUGAUAGUGCUAGCUUUGAACUGGUUGCAUGUAAUCAGGAGGUUAUUCCUUUCUAAAGCUGCCAGUUAAAGCCUCCAACUCUCGUUCUUCCUCUUCCAGAGCUAGUCCGAGGAAGGAAGGACCUCAUGAAGACGAAAGCCACACAUGAUUUGGACAAGGGGGAGGAGGGGCAGGCCUUCCUCCCACCCUCCCCUCGCCCGAGCAGCAUGUAGCUUCCUGGAUCCAUGGAACAUGGUGCUGUGACGGCUUUUGUGUUGGGAACCUGGAGCAGCGCUGGGCCCCAGCCAGCCAGCCGAGCAGCUGGCUUGCCACCGCAGGGCAAGCAUCACACACUAGUGGCUUUCCGUGACCGGAGACUGCGUCUCAUUCAGGGUUUGAGGGAUUUUUGGGGUGGGGGGAGGGCGAGGGUGGGGGCAGAAACGUUCAUUGACUGCUAAACUCAGGUAUAUUUUUCAGGGUGGAAGAGGACGAUGAUGGAAUUUUACUUGUAGUAUUAACAUGUGUGUUUUGGAGCUGGAUCCAGUUUACAGAAUUUAACCUGUUGCCUUUUUAAAUAAAUUUCUGUUGUUGGUGAA